AUGGAUAAGGCUAAAUUGGUAAGUACACCUCUAGUUGCUCAAUUUCAGUUGUCUGCUAAACUGUGUCCUUCUACUGAUGAGGAUAAGUUGGAUAUGACUACUGUGCCUUAUGCCAGUGUAGUAAGGAGUCUGAUAUAUUUGCGUGGCACUUUUGACUAUGGUAUCCUGUUUGAAAGUACUGAUGAUUGUAAUAUUCAGGGUUAUGUGGACUCCGAUUAUGCAGGCGAUUUGGAUAAGAGGAUGUCUACUUCUGGCUUCAUUUUUACCAUGGCUGGUGGUUCCAUUAGUUGGAAGGCAAUGUUGCAACCUACUACAGCUUUGUCUACUAUAAAAGCCGAAUACAUAGCUUUGGCAGAGGCAGAUAUGCUCACGAAGCCUGUUACAUUAGCCAAGUUCAAGUGUUGUCUGGACUUAGUUAAUGUAGUCUCUUAUUAA